AUGUAUGAACUCCCAACACAAUGGCACUACAAGGCGAUUGAAUUUGUACAACCAUGUGAUUGCAUUUAUGGUAUCGUCUAUGAUUGCACUCAACUCACUUGCGGAUUUUACUUUAGUAAUUUCGAAACGGUCUGGAUGGAGGAAUUAGACAAGCAAAGCUUGUCAAAGAAAGCUAGUGAUUUGGGAAUAGAUAGUUUGAGUGAUGAAAAAUUGGUUUUGGUAUUGGACACUUUGGCAAAGAACAUACCCCAAAAAAUCACCUUCGUCGAUGGCCCCAGCUUAAUUGCACAAUUUAAUUUGGACUUUACUUGGAAAUUUGAAUUAAAGAAACAACAACCUGAGGUGACAAUUGAGUUCCUAUGCAAACUUAAUUUUCAGCAGUUUGCCAACACUUCGUAUCUUCUGUAUGAAAUAGAGCAGUUGAAGAGCAUCCUGGAAGCCAAAGAGUCCUACGCCAAAUUCUUGGAGUUGAAUUUCAAACAAACACAUGGUGAGCAGUUGAUCAAACAGUACAAGAAAAACAACAAGGAAGUGCUUCAUUUGAUUGGCGACUUUGACCAGAAACGGUGGGAAAAGAAAGUGCGAGAGGAUUACAAGAGGCAUAGAUUACAAGACUUGGAUUCGGUCAAGCAUGAUAUUGAAAUUGCAAUUACAACUACAUGGGUGGCCAACACAAAGGACAAAACGCCCCUCACAAAGGACAAAACACCCCUCACAGAGGACGGCUCACAAUUGCCAGUGCAAAAACUUCCCCAACCCACAAAAAAAGCUCCAAUAGGUAUGCUUGUAAACCCAUCAAAACGAUCACAGUCCACGAACUCAUCUCGAAACGAAUCUCCAAAGCGUAAAAAGAUUGGCCAACUUUGA